CACCACCUCCUAAAACCUUCGACAUGGGAGACGCCGCCACCACCACCUCUUACAUAAGAAAUUAAUUAGGCCAAUUUAUAACAUGCCCACCAGCUCGUCAUCAUCGUCAUCUGAUUCGGGAGGUGAUCAGAGCCCUGACGAGCUCCGGUCGCCUCUGCUCUCCAAUGCGAAUAAAGCCGUCGGAGAGACUGAAUCAGAGAAGCUAUGCAUCGACGACAUGUUACAAAAGUAUUGCGGGGAGUUUGGUCCGUACCAAAUGAAGCACUUUGUGCUGACCAGCUUGGCUUGGGCUCUGGAGGCAUUCCACACCAUGGUCAUGAUAUUUGCGGACCGUGAACCGGCUUGGCGGUGCUUGGAUGGAGCAGCUGGUUCGGGUUGCGAUGCCAGGGCGAAGACCGUUUGUGGACUCAAACCGGGUUCGUGGGAGUGGAUCGGCGGUCUAGGAAGCUCGACCGUUGCUGAAUGGGGGUUGGUUUGCGAGGAGAAGUAUAAGGUUGGGUUGGCGCAGGCCUUGUUCUUCGGCGGCUGUAUGAUUGGUGCGGGAGUUUUUGGGCAUUUGUCAGACUCGUUUUUAGGAAGAAAAGGCUCCCUAACCGUUGUUUGCAUCUUGAACACCAUCUUCGGUUGUCUAACAGCACUCUCCCCAAACUACUGGACCCACGUCCUCUUCCGCCUUCUCACCGGCUUCAGCACAGGGGGGGUCGGCCUCUGCGCCUUCGUCCUUGCUACUGAACCUGUCGGUCCUACAAAGCGUGGUGCAGCAGGAAUGUCCACAUUCUACUUCUUCUCAACCGGGAUUGCAAUCCUCUCUUGCGUUGCGUAUAUUUUCCCACAAUGGCGCGAACUCUACAUUGCCUCCUCAAUCCCAUCAUUGCUCUUCUUGCUCAUUGUCCUACCAUUUGUCUCUGAGUCCCCAAGGUGGUACCUCGUACGAGGAAGAAUAUUGGAAGCCAUGAAACUAAUGCGCACGAUUGCAAAGUCCAACAAGAACCACCUUCCUGAGGGAGUUGUCCUAACCCUAGAUGAAGAAGCAAGCAAUGAUACUACUACUACAAAUGAGGAUGACCAAACGUACAAGGAACUAUUGGAGAGCAAAGAAGCAAUAAGUGGUUCUCUAAUUGAUGUGAUAAAGUCACCAGUUACCCGAAUCCGGUUAUUCCUAGCUGUGGCCAUAAAUUUCUUGUGCUCGGUCGUGUACUAUGGUUUGAGCUUGAACGUUGUCAACCUCGAAACCAACCUCUAUAUCAAUGUGUUACUCAACGCUGUGGCGGAAAUGCCAGCCUUCACAAUCACAGCAAUCUUACUAGACAAGUAUGGAAGGAAGCCAUUAGCAAUUGGGACGUUAUGGUUUAGUGGGGUGUUUUGUUUUGCUGGGAGCUUGGUGGGGAAUGUUGGGAUGUGGAAAGUUGUUAGGAUGGUGUGCGGGAUUUUGGGGAUUUUUGGGAUGGCAGGGACUUACAAUUUGCUUUUUAUUUACACCAUGGAGUUGUUUCCAACUGUGGUGAGGAAUGCAGCGCUUGGAUGUGCCACACAAGCCGCACAAAUGGGGGCGAUUUUGGCCCCGUUUGUGGUGGUUUUGGGCGGGGGUUUGCCAUUUUCAGUGUUUGCCGUGUGUGGGGUUGUGGGUGGAAUGUUUGCAUUUUAUUUGCCGGAGACGUUGAAUAAGCCUUUGUAUGAUACAAUGGCUGGGAUGGAGGAUAAGGAGGGUGCUUGCCUGAGUGUGUGAAUUUGUCACUUCUUGAUUAGAGUAAGUCUGUAAGAUUCAUGUGCCUUUUUGUUGUUUUUGGGGUGAAGCUCUUUUAGCUAGUAGUUGACAAUUAUAAAUGUUUACUAUGAUUGGGCUUGACCAUCA